AAGAGUUUCCCCUUUCUGGCCUGCGCUGUUGUGAGGAGUCAGGUCUGCAGCUUAGGCCCGCUCUCCCUACCUGCCCUGAGGGAGCAUCCUACCGAGAGCCAGAUAGCCCGGCCCCCCCGCCUUCGCCUGCUGGGACGAGCCACCUUCUGAGCCCCGCGAUGCUCUCCCUGUUCUACGGCACAGACAGAGAAAGGCAGCGGCUCGUGCGGGUGAGCCAGGCCCUGCAUGACUCCCUACAAGGCUGCAUCUUAGCCACCCGCACGCUGCUCCAUCUCCUCAGCCAGCACCUUGACACCAGCGUGGGCCUGGAAUCGGUGGGGGGCGACGUCCCUGUGGGGCAGAGCCUGGAGCACCUGCUGUGGGCGGCCCGGGAGAUCCACGCCGCGGCGGAGCAGACGGACAGACACGUGCAGAAGAACAUCAGCCGGGAGCUGUACACCCGCCUGGCCUCCCCCUAUUCCUCGCUGCAGGAGAAGGCGGCCAUCGUCCGGGACUUCCACCAGGCCACCAUGGGCAUCUUCGGCAGUGUGGGCGGCCCCGUGGUGGCCGUGGUGCUGCGGAAGGGGGCGGACGCCCCCCCGGGCGCGCCCCCUGCCGGGCCCCCUCAGAGCAGCCCCGUCUCCGGGACUGGCCUGGUGCAGACUCUGCAGGGCUACCUGCCCGAGGCCGUGACGGGCUGUCGAGCCAGGAACGCCGUGAUGGCUGCCACCGGGCACCUGGAGGAGGCGCGCCAGGCGCUGGCACCGGCCUGCAAGUCUUUCCAGCUGCUGGCUGUUGAGGCUGAGGUCUACGUGGGCCUGAUCGCAGAGCAGCAGCUGGGAAGGGCCGAGGGGCCAGGCCAGAUCCCUGCCGGCCUCGCCCACUGA